AUGAAAAAGCAAAUAAUAAAAAAGCCUAAGGGCAAUGGUGGUAAUACUAGCAAUAAUAAUAAUCAGAAACAGGAAAAAACAAAACAAGAAAAAAGACCAAAAUCUGCACAAAUUGAUCAUCAAAAAACAAGUCAAAACAAACAAGAAAGCAAAUCAUCACAAUCUGAAAGACCAAAAUCUGCACAAAGAGAUCAAAAAUCAAUUUCAGAGAACAAACAAGAAACUUUGUCUGAAAAAGAUCAAAAAUUAAAGAAGGAUUCGGUAAAGAAAGAUGGGAGACAAGAUAGUGUUGCAUAUUCUCUUCCCAAGAUAGAUCGAUCAUUAUUUUCUUAUGAAUAUAUUCCAGAAUAUUCUUUUGAAAAUGUUCAAGAAUUGAUAAAGAAUGGAAAUUUGGAGAAGGCUGCACAAGUUAUGAAUUUGGUAUUGAAUCCGUCGAUUGAGUGUUUGUGUUAUGCUUUGAAUGUUAAUCAACGGAUUAACAAUUCGAAGAAAGUGGCAGAGAUUGGAGCAAGAAUAGACAAAUUGGUUGGUUUGAAAGCUAAAGCUAAGAAAAUCAAAUUGAAUUAUAAUUGGAAACAAAUUUGGCCCUAUUUGGAUUAUUUAAUUGAUGAAACUUGCAAGGAUAGUUCAAUAAUUGAAAGAGAAAUUGAGUUUAACCUUAAAAGUUCGAAAUGUGAAUCUUACACAGAGGAGGACGACAGUGCUAUUACCAAAUACUGUGAAUGGAAUGAAGAGUAUUUCAAGCAGUUACGUUAUCCCUUUGCGUUUGGUACUGGACGAAACAAUUUCUUGACCUCGUACAUUAAAUUAUCAAAUUACACCAUGAAAGAAAUGGAAGCAAGAAAAUUAGAUUUUCAUUUCUUUAAAGGAGAAAUGAGUGAAGAAAAUAUUUGCCCAUCAACAUUUUAUAAUUUGAUUGCUAGAGUUGGAUUGACAAGGGAUCAUUUAUUAAAUGGUAAACAUGGUUUCAAGGAUAUGAUUCGUGUUUUUCCAUAUAAAGUGGAAAGCUCACUAGCCAACUCGGAAAGUUUUUCUCAAGAUGUUGAGAAAUAUAUCAAUAACAAGUUGGAAAAUACCCAUCAACCCUACGUUGUGUUUGUCUUUUCAUUUGACAGUGAUUUUACAGUCAAGAGAGGUAUUGUAAAUUACUACAAUGCAUUUAACAUCUACCCAAGUGCCACAAUUAUUGAGACAACAGAAAAUAGAGUUUACUAUUGCUUUGAAAACAAUAGAAAGAAAACUAUUGAUCUCCACAAAAUGUCAGUCGAGGAGGCAAAAACAAGAGUACUCGAACUCAUUCAAGAACGAUAUGAAUACAGAGACAGAGAGUUCAGUAUAAUAACUGGUAAAGGAAAUCAUGUGAAUGAGAAUGGAACCUCUGGUGUGCUUCGUGAAUUGAUUGGAAAGUUAUUGAAAGAGCAUCCUCUUGUGGAAUCAGCAAAACUUUUAGAGGGAAAGUAUGUGGUUAAAAUCAAAGAAAGACCAUUUGAUUUCUUGGAACAAGAUUGGAUUGAAUUUAAAAAGACUCAGUACAACAAAUGA